AUGUGGAGAAAAUCCCCAAAACAAGCAGCGGGAGCACCCAAAGACACCUUAGACAUCGAAACCCUGCUCCAAUGCCCCAUGGGCCACAAAUCGGCGGCAGAGCCCGACCUAGAAACAGGUUUCAACAGCUCGGCACAGAGUCCGCAGGACCAGGGGGAACACCAAAGACCCCAAUUAUCGCACUUACCCCAAGUUGAGGGCGAGGACCUGGCCCUGGCCACGAAAUGCGACAUAACUCAAUUGAUGCAAGAAAUAAAACAAAUGUAUGACACCAACUUAAACCUGGCUCGCCUGGAGAUGCAAGCCGUGACCACAAGAGUACAAGCCACGGAAGAAGAUAUAAUGGACUUACGCCAAGAGGUACACAGCAUGGGGGACGCCCUCCGCAACUUACAGUCUGCUAAUAUAGCUGUUCCAAAUAAACUGGACACCAUAGAUGACCGCAGUAGACAGAAAAAAAAACAAAAUCCGGGGGAUCCCCAAAACUAUUGGUUCGACCAAACUACCACACUACCUAAGAAAACGUACGGCUGCGCUCCUUCCACACACAAGUCAAAAGGCUGGAAUUUGAUGGACAAUUCAGGAUUAACAAGGCACCCCCUACAGCCCCUCCGGACAUCGUGA